AUGGAGGUGCUCCGGCUGUACCCCACCGCGACCUUGGUGUUUAGGCAGGUGUCGGAACAAGACGACAUCAUUCAUGAUGGCCAGCGUAUUCCGACGGGCACCAAUGUGCUCUUCCCGCUGAAAUCUCUGGCGCAAGACAAGGCGACGUGGGUCAACCCAGAUGAGUUCAAGCCAGAACGGUUCCUAGCCGACAAAGGUGGGGAAAGCAUCAGCCUUGUUGCAGCCGCUGGAAGCGGUGGGGAGAUCAGGAUGAUACCGUUCGAUGCCGGCCGAAGGGUGUGCCCCGGCAUGGCCGUCGCCAUGCUCCACAUGGGAUACUUCACGGCCAACCUCGUGAGGGAGUUUGAAUGGAGGGAGGCGAAGGGGGAGCUAGCUGUCGAUCUCCGCCCGCAUUUCGGGUUCUUCACUGUCAUGAAGCACCCGUUGCGUGCUCACCUCGCUGUGCUUACGCGACGGGAGGGGGCUCGAAAGGAGGAGUAA